ACCAAGUGUAGGAGGGAACUGAGUUUGAGUUUUGUGGGUGUGUUCAACAUUACCACAGACUACACUCGAGAAUUACCUUUCUGUACAGGUUUCUCCUAAUGUCAGGUGUAGUUUUCAAAGAAAUGAAGGGUUAUAGUCAGCGGUUUUUUUGGAGAUAACAUUAAACCACUGAGGUGUUUGUCAAAUCCGCAUGCGAGUAAUGAGUGUGUGAAGACUUGAUUAAAGCGUCCACCUUUCUCAAAGACCAAGAGACGCCCCUAUACUCUUCUGCUGACUGAAGAUAUUUGAGUUCUGUCAAGGUGGUGUCAGUGACGCGUGAAGAUGCUGCAGCAGAUACUGAUCGACAUGUACAUUGAGCCGGAUCUCCUGGUUGAGCUGAACGAGGAACAGAAACAAGUUCUCUUCUUUAAAAUGAGAGAAGAACAGAUCAGGAGAUGGAAGGAAAGAGAGACACAGCUGGAGAAACAGGAAGCCGCACGUGCCAAAGCCAAAAAAGUUUCAGGGAAGAGUGUGUCGUGGAUGAAGGGUCUGGAUAAUGAUGUUUGGGUUUGGGUGAUGGGAGAACAUCAAAAUGACAAACCCUAUGAUCAAGUCUGUGAUGAGAUCAUGGCCCAGAGAGCAGCCCUGCAGGCCCAGAGAGAGGCUGAGGAGCUCAGGGUUAAGAAAGCGGCUGAGCUGGAGAAGCGUUUCUCUGGAAUAUAUCUUGAACCGGAGCAGGUUGUGUUGUUAGAUCAGGAAGUCCAGCAGAAAGCCAAACAGGCUGAGGCUCUUCAACAGAGAAAAGCAGAGGAGGAAAUCAAGAAAAUGGAGGAGGAGGAGAGGCGUAAGGCUGAGGAGGAGCUGAAGAAGCUGGAGCAGGAGAGGAAACAGCAGAUUUACCAGUGUCUGAAGGAGGUGCAGAGCAGCAAAAACACACAAGAGGAGGAGGAUAAGGACUGGCAGGAGACUUUGCAGAAGUCUAAAGCUGCAGACAUGCGCAGACGAUCUCUUGCCAAACAGACAAUCGAGGAUCAUCGCAGACGCUCUGUCAAAGCUCUUGAGAGAGGACGCGUGGCGGCCAUGACAAAAGCCUUUGCCAACUCAAAUCCAGCAACUCCACCUAAACCCAAACCCAGAAACACCAGCAAUGCUAUUAAUCGGAAGGGCGGUAUGCGGCGCUCACUGUCAACUUCCAGUCGAGAGCAUAUUAUUCGCUGGUUCAAGGAGGAACAGUUGCCUCUUAGAGCAGGAUUUGAGCGUGAUCAGAGCCGAAUCGCCAGAUGGUUUCACGGUAUAAUCUCCCGUGAGCAGGCAGAGGAACUGCUGAGCGGUGGUGAGCCUGGGCUCUUCCUGGUGCGCGUCAGUGAGAGGAUCUUUGGAUAUGUACUUUCCUACCGAUUCAAAGAUGGAAUCAAACACUUGCUGAUUGACUCCACGGAGAACUGCUACAUGCUGCUGGGAGACCAGAUCAAAUUCAGCACCCUCAGUGAACUAGUGGAGUAUCAUCAGAUUUUGCUCCCCGAAGCAUCUGACGUACCUCACUCAAGAAAUGCAUUAGGGCUUGUCCUACCAUAAUACACCUAAAACACGGAUUGGCAUAAAACUUGUUGCAGGGAAAGACUUAAACGAAAUCACUUAUCGAUUUCAAGAACACUAUAAUACCAGCCAUGCGUGUAAAGCACAAAUAAUUUUCUUCAGUUCAUGUCACGUCCAGCGGCCGUCAUCCUUCAACCAAUCUCCACCAUUGUUAGCUGCUUGCUUUUCUGUCUGUUCCACUACUCCAUUUGUUUGAUGUUUGCUCACUUUUUUGCAGCCUGAAGUGCAUCAAACGAACAAAACGCCCAAUUUGCAUCACAGGAUGCCUAAUCGCAUCUUUGGUAUGCCUUCACAUGUAAAUCACCCGCGCUUCAUCCACGUCUGCUUACUGCACAGGCUGCAAAACACCCUCUCUCAAUCAUGUAAUGUAAUGAUUGUGAGGGCGCAGGUGAGACAUCAUUUUUCGAGAGACACUCAAAUACAUUAUGUGCGCUGCGUAUGCAACCAAGUGUAUCUAUCUGCCGACUGCAAGACGGGGGCGUAAGAUGAAAGAGCGUAACUUGUAGUAAGUUAGAGGCGUAGCUUGAUGUUUACUUGAUGUUAACCAACAGAUGUUGUUGGCAAGAUGGCAGAAAUACUUACCAGAGAACAUUUUCGCCAAACGUUUUUUAUGAGUUUUCUCCAAAUAUAUCCACAACCAAGUCAUUUGAUAUAUUAUUAUAUUCAUCCAUUUAACAACUCAUGCAACUCCUCUCGCUGACUUCAUCUGUUUUGUCAUGACCGUGGAUGCAAAAAACAGUACAAUGGCGAGCAAAUCAAGUUGGGUUUAGGUUUAGGGAAGGUGUAGACAUUAAUAACUGUGGUGGUUGGGUUUAGGGUUAGGAAAGGUGUAGACGUUAAUUACUGUGAUGGUUGGGUUUUGGUUUGGGAAGGUGUAGACGUUCAUAACUGUGAUGGUUGGGUUAAGGGUUGGGGUUGGUGUAGACAUUAAUAACUAUGAUGGUUGGGUUUAGGUUUAGGGAAGGUGUACAGCAGUAUAAAACCUAUGACUGGUGAGAAAACUUAUUUCUGUAAUUGUGUACCUGGGUCUCCACUUUUGCCAUGGCCUCUUUUGGCUUUAACAAACGUAUCCUCAGGUUUUUCCAAACCUUUUAACUUUCCUCCUUUCCCACUGCUGUUGCAAUUUCUAGCCAAGAAUAAUUGGUCAUUUGGUUAUCUUUAUGAUCACGGAUCAUGAAGUUGUCUGUACAGGUGUACUGUUUCAGACAAAAUCUCUUCAAAGUGUUUCAUAUUCAACUCAAAACAGUUGCGCCGCCACGCAAACUUCGCUCGAGUCUCAUAAAAAUCAUGAGGUCCGCUGGCCAAAAUCAUGUUGUGUGCACCCAAAGUGAACCUCCGCAAACUCCGCGAUGACGUCACAUUUGCCACAUGCACUUAAGCUAACUAGCGGACGCGUCGAGUAUAAACCAGGCUUAAGGCACCUUCAUGUUACGCCCCUGUCUUGCAGACCGCAGACAGACCCUACUCUAUGCAAUGUCUU